CACGCCCCGCCCUCCUCUCCUCCUCGUCCUCCCCGUCGCCUGCGUUACGCGUGCGCCGUCUGCAGGCACGCUUCGGCCUCACCUCAACACGCGAGGCGACUGCAACAUGCCCAGCCCCCCCGCCAGCCUCGCCACCGCCGACGCACCACCAGUCCGCCUCCAGACUGGGGCACACUGUAGGUCCACGUCCUGCCCUGGGCGUGUUUCCGACGCCGUGAUCGACCCCGCUGAUCGCGAUCGCCCCUCGCAGCCGCGGCGAACAGAUUAGCCCGCCCGCACGACCCCGCCCUCCCCGCUCGCCUCCGCCGCAAGACCACCGGCCGCACGAUGGACUCGGACGACUCCGGCUGGGACGCUGACUGGGAGGCCGAGUCGCGCGCGUCGUCCGUCGCCCCCAUGCCCGUCCACGCGCGCUGUCACCCCGGCCAGGGCCACGACGAGGGCGGUAUGGCGGUCGACGCCGAUGGCCCUGCGACGUCCGAGUCGACAAUGGCCCACCCGCCGAUGGUCUAUGCGCCCGCGGCCCACCCUCCCCUGCUCCCCGCAGAGGCCGCCCGCGCGAUGGAGGCCACGAAGGAGGCCCUACGCGUCGCGGCGCUCGUCGAAGACGAGUGCCUCGCCCGCCGCCGCCGCCUCUCCGAGUCGCACCCCCGCCGCCUCCGCAGGUACAACCCCGACUAUCUCCUCGCCGCGCGGCGCUGGCACACGCUCCGCCGCCCCGCCUCGAAGCACGCCGAGCACGAGCGCGAAACCGACGCGGAGCGCUCCUCCGCCUGCCAACACUGCCUCACCAGCAUCGACUCGCACCCCCCUCCCUACCACAAUCCCCUGGCCCCCAAGCCCCCGCCAACGCCCGCCCACCCGCUCUCCUCCCUCGCCGCCCCGCCCCCGCCCUACGACGCCCGCUCCCCGCCCAGCCCAGCGUACACCCCCACAACGCCCGCAGACUGGGAGGCCGUCUACGCCCACCUCGCAAAGCACCGCGCGACCCUCGCCCACCUCCAGCGCGCCGCCGCCGACGCCGAACACGCCCUCCUCGGCGCGUGGGCCCUCGUCGACGAGCUCGUCCUCCCCGUCCUCCGCCAGCGCGCCGUGCCCCGCGACAUCCCUGUCGCCGCGCGCUGUGUCGGGUGAGCCCGCGGUGUACGGUGAGGUGGCGAUCUCUUGGAAUGUGAUUCUUGGAAGGAAGUGGACGCGGUGUACGAUGGUGUAGCAUGACGACUACGAUUAAGACGAACGAACGAACGAACGAACGAACGCAAGGUGAAAGAUGGGUGUAUGCGUGUACUACUGGUGUGUAUCAUAGCUCCGUUGUCCGUCCUCGCUGCAAGUCCUCGCAUGAACUGUGUAUCAUACUACUGUUAGCUGUCGAUUGUUGGCUGCUGUCCUGUCUUGGAAUGUAUUCGUGUCUCGCAAUCAAUGACGUCUCGAACACUUUUCUGUCUGCAUGUCGUCUGCA